CCGCAGCGCCGGGAGAGCCGCGGGGCUGCCGGCGAUGCCGCUGGAGGACGGGGACCCGCUGAGCCCGGGGGCACGGCAGCUCCGCGGAGAGGCCAGCGGUGUCCCCCGGCUCCCGGCGAUGGGGGAGCCCUCGCUCCGGGGCACGGCAGCGCCUGGUGGCAGCGGGACAGAGGGCUGGGAGCCGGGGCCAGCGCUGGGUGAUGGGGAUGUGACCCCCGGGGCAGCCCCACGGCGAGCACGGCAGCCCGAGGAAGCGCUGAUGACCGAGCUUUCGGAGCUGGUGCAGAAGGUGGUGAAGAGCAGCAGCUGGUGGGAGCGGCACGGCGUGGACAUCAGCAUCCUUGCCUGCAGCUUCCUCCUGCUCCCAGCAGGGUUCCUGUGCCUGCGGUCAGCCCAGGCCAUCCCUUUCCUGGCGGGUGUCCUCACCCUUGGCGUGGUGCAUCACACCCUGACCGUCAAGGGCAGCCACCUGGCCAGCCACAAUGCCUUGACUGAGUCCAAGUCCUGGAGCAAAGUGUGGGCUAUCUUCUUCAUUGAGCUCUGCUCAGCUUUCACAGUCGAGCAGGCCACCUACAACCAUGUGAAGAUCCACCACGGCUACACCAACGUCAUUGGCCUGGGGGACUCCAGCACGUGGAAACUUCCUUUCCUGAACCGCUACGUCUACAUGUUCAUCGCUCCUGUGGCAGUGCCCAUCCUAACCCCGCUGGUUGCACUUGAUUUAUUGAGGGAUGUGGAGUGGAAGGCAGCUCUCCGGACCCUCUGCUGCAUGUUUCUGGGGUUUUACUGCCACUACUGGCUCCUGCUCCACGUCUCGGGCUUCCAGUCGCCGUGGUCUGCCCUGCUCUGCAUGCUGGUCACCCGCUCCCUCCUGGCCCAUCCCUACAUCCAUGUCAACAUCUUCCAGCACAUCGGCCUCCCCAUGUUCGCCGCCGACCGCAAACCCCGGCGCAUCCACCUCAUGAGCCGGGGCGUCCUCAACCUGCCCCGCAACCCCCUCCUGGACUGGUCCUUCGGCCACUCGCUCAUCAGCUGCCACGUGGAGCAUCACCUCUUCCCCAGCCUCUCCGACAACAUGUGCCUGAAGAUCAAACCCAUCGUCUCCCAGUACCUGAAGCAGAAGAAGCUGCCCUACAACGAGGACACGUACAGCUCCAGGCUCUGGCUCUUCCUGCAGAGAUACGAGGAGCUGAUGGUCCAUGCUCCCCCCAUAACGGAGCUGGUGGGCAUCCAGUGAGGGCCCUGGGGGCUGUUUCCUGCAGGGACAUUCAGAGGGAUGGUUCCAGCAGGACCAACACCUCCAUGAAGUCCCGGUGUAGGAAACAUCCCUCCCUGAAGUUUUGCUUUUGGCUGGAAAAUGGUGCACAGAGCCACUGCAGGGGGAGAGCCUGCUGGGCCAGCACCAGGGACAGAAAAACCAGCAUUCCCCACAGUUGUUCCCAGUUUAUCCACUCUGCUCUCACACCUGGGGAGAGGAACCCACCCCAUCCGUGGGGGAUGUGGCACCAGGCCAGGACAUCCAGAAGUGAGAAGCAGCAGGAUCUGCAGGAUGGAGCUGCUGCUGUUUGGCUGGGGUCUCAGGGAAGGGGUGGAUGUGGGGAGGGGGCUGUGACGCUGCUGCUUGUGCUUUGCCUGACUUUGGGCUAAAUCGGCCCCUUCUAGGAACAAAGAUUUGUUUCA